AUAUCAAACAUGAUCCUCAGAAGAGCCAGUUAGGUCAUUGUGUUCCCCCACUGUGUACCUUUGGGUUUGUUACUCAUGAGAUAGCACGAGGGGUCGAAAGGACACGAGUAGACUGGUACGCAAAAUUAUUGGUGGACAUGAAAACGUGAUACCCGGUGGAGUAGUCGGUGGAAGGAGUGGUUGAUUCGCAUCUCCAAAGCCAAAUACACACCAUAGCUUGGUCCCAUGUUUCUCCGUUACUCUUCCCUCUAGUCAUUUUUUUCUUCCCUGUCUUUUAUCUUUCAGAGGCUUCCUACUCUAAAUGUCUGCAAGCUCACAAUCUGAUGAAAAUAGCUUGGACACCACCAACCAUAUCACCGUAGAGUCCAACAAUUCAUUAUCAGCAGCUCCUCACAAGAAACGCAAGCAUAGCACAAAGAAUACCUCCAAGUCUGUUGCUACUAUAUAUCCUCUUACUCCAUCACCCGAUAUGACCGGCAAUCAUGUUCGAGAACAUAUACCCGUGAUUGCAUUGCCACCUGGCAUGACUUCCGAUAAGCACUCUCAGACUCCUCCUUCUUCGCCUCCCAGAGCAGGCUCAGUCGAUUCUCCCAAACAUCAACAACAGCAGUAUCACAUAGCCGAUAUGUCGGUUACAUCGACCUCCCAACCACCCACCUCAUAUAAUCCACAGAUGCCUGUUCAUCCGCAUGUUAUUAUUGCCGGUCCUCCUCAUGCUAUCUACUAUCAUCCUCAACAAAGCCCAUAUUAUCCACCUAUCCCCAUGAACCCUAGUACAUCACAACAUAGCAAAGAUAGCAAAGGAAAAACAACGGAUGAAGACGGCCAACAAGGAUCCAAUACUGAAAAAGGAGAUUCGGAAGACGCUGCUGCCAAGGUAUCAGGUCAACCACAAAUGGUUUCUGGUGAUCCGUCUAAUAUGCCGACCUUUGCCUAUUUACCCGGACAACCCUACUCAUAUCCUACCUACAUGAUGCCCAAUGGCUCCAUGUCAUCGUUCCCCGUUGUGUCCCAAAUGUCGCCACCUCUUCAUCCAUCGGUUCCCAAUGGAAGACAGGAAACCACAGCCGACCAACGGGAGCAACUUCGAAAAGUGUCUCAUAGUGCCAUUGAACGAAGGCGACGUGAAAAAAUCAAUACCAAAAUCCAGCAACUUCGACAACUCAUACCAUCCUGUGCUGACCAAGAUCAUUUGCAUAAACUCAACAUCCUGCAAAGUGGCAUUGAAUAUAUCAACUAUUUGCAUGCUGUUUUGGGAAAUAUGGAAAGUCAAGGACAAAAUGUCUUGGAGUCAGCUGCUAGAAACGAUCAUCGGAUGUUGGCUCUUUUACAACACCUCAAGCGAUUGUCGCCAGCGACAAGCCAAGAAAAUUCCAUGGUGCAACCAUCGGCUCCUGUCAUGUUCCAUCACGAUACUUCCAGCACGACGGCAAAACGGAAAAGAUCCGAUGAACUGGACGAGAACGAGACCGCCCAGCAGGGUCUCUUGAUGCUUUCACAAGCUUGUGUCAGUGACGAGCAUAAUCCCUCAGAAACAAAGCACAAGGACAUGAAAGUCAACAGCUUACUCUGUGACAGAUAAAUGAAAAAAAAACCCUUUCCCUCCCCCAUCUUUGUCAUGUCGUUUUUUUUGUAGUAAAUGUUUGUGUUCACCACCAGUAAUUCCUUCUUUCAAAUAUUCAUAAAAGGCAAAAUGUUACAAGCCCACCUUCGUGAUAGAACGUGCGCAAUGCAUGACGACAUUGCCAAAUUCUUUCUCUUGUUCAAAC